AGUUUUAGAGAGAGAAACUCUUCAUACAAAACAAAAACUCACCAUUUUUAAGAGAGAGAAAAUCAAAUUUUCUAGAGAGAGAAAUUCAUCUUCUCCCUUCCCUGCUUAAAAAAACCUGAAAUUUAGGGUUUUAAACGAAUCACACUGAACCCAGAAUUAGGGUUUUCAAAAUUUCCAAAAUAAAAUUAAAAAAAAAACGUUUCUUUUGAAAAAAUUGGAGUUUUCAUAUUUAAAAUUAAAUCCCUAAAUUUAUUUUAUGAGAGUUAAUUUAUAAAAAAAUUGGAAAAAAAAGUUGAUAGUUGUUGGAUGGACGAGAUCUGGGAGAGGGCGGUGGUAACGGCGUUAGACGGGCAAACGGAUAACGGAGCAACGAAAAGCUUAACCCUAGACGGAGCCGUUAAGUGUUUGCACGGCCGUUUACCAGCACCAUCAGUUUUGGAGAAGUUCCAAAAUCUUCAGCAUCUUUCUCUUGCUAGUAUUGGAGUAUCAUCGCUUGAGCAGUUUCCUAGGUUGGGUAGUUUGCAGAAACUUAUACUUUCAGAUAAUAGGAUUUCUUCGGGUUUAGAGUAUCUUGUUGAAGCGGGUCUUGAUUCGUUGCGAGACCUUGAUUUGUCGAAUAAUAGGAUUCAGUAUAUUGAGGAUCUUGCGCCUUUAGCUGGGUUGAAGCUUGUUUCUCUUGAUUUGUAUGAGUGUCCUGUUACUAGGGUUAAGGAUUAUAGGGCGAGGGUGUUUGGGUUGAUUAAGUCUUUGAAGUAUUUGGAUAAGAUGGAUGCUGAGGAGAAUGAGCGGCUCGAAAGCGAUGACGAGGAGGAGGAGGAUGAUGAUGAGGAUGAGCAGGAGGAGGAGGAUGAUCCUGGGAGUGGGGAGGUUGAUGGGGAUGGAGAUGGGGAGGAGAGGGGUUAUAGGAUGACGAAUGGGCAUAGUGGUGCCGGUGUCGGUGAUGGGAUUGUUGAUGUGGAUGAGGAUGAGGAGAGUGAUGCCGAUGAGGAGGAGGCGGAGAUGGAGGUUUCGAGGAGGAGGGAGAAUGGUGGGGGGUUGCAUAAUGGGAGGGAGAACGGGUUUAGAGUAGAGGCGGCUGGGGAGGAUGAGGAUGAGGAGGAUGACGGCGAGGAAGAGGAGGAUGUUGAGGAGAUUGAUGAGGAUGAUGGGGAGGAAGAGGAGGAUGUGGUUGAGGUUCAUGAUAUUGUAGAUAGUGAUGAUGAUGAUGGGGAUGAGGAGUUUGAUGAGGAUGACGAUGAUGAUGAUGACGAGGAGGAUGAGGUUGAGGAGGUUGAUAAUGAUGAGGUUGAGGCUGCCGAGCCUGAGAGUGUUAGUAGAUUGACUAGUACUGAUGGAGAGAUUGAUGCACAUGAACAAGGGGAGGAUGAGGAUGAUGAAGAUGAUAAUGGGGAGACCGGAGAGGAGGAGCUUGAUGUUGAAGAUGAGGGUGAAUCGGAUGAUGAUGAUGAGGGUGAGGAUGAGGAAGAAGAUGGUGAAGAGGGCUACUUGGUACAGAGGGUAAGACAGUCAACAGAGGUUGCAGAAGAUAGUGACAUGGAAGCUGUAAAUGAGGUAGAAGAUGCCGUGGAUGGUGAGGAAGUUGAAGAUGCUGUCGAUGGUGAGGAAGUUGAAGAUGCUGUCGAUGGUGAGGAAGUUGAAGAUGAUGAGGAUGAUCUAGGGGAAGGGCAGGUGAUGGCGCCAUCUUCUUCUGAAUCAAAAAGGAAGAGAGAUGAUGAUGCUGUUGUCGACAACGAUGAUGAAGAAGAUUCUGAUGAUGCAGAGAGGCGAUCCUCAAAGAAGCGUCAGUGAAGAAGAUUUUGCUGGUAGGUUCUUUCAUGGUGUGUGUCUAGUGAACAGAGAUGGAGAACCUCGAAGUGUAUAUCUCAUUGGUAGGCAGCAGUUCAGUUUUACGAGGUUUUAGACUAUUUUCCUUGGACAGAGUAUUUAGGAGGGAAAACUAUCCCCAAAUAUGAUGGGUUUCUUCUUUUUUUUUUUUUUUUUAAAUCUUGUUCAAAAAGUGGUUAGUUAUGGUUUUGGCUCCCCUCUUCUAUGAAAAUAGCCGUUAGUUUGGGUUAUUUGAAUGACAGUUAAAUGAGAUGGGUUCAUUGUCCUUGUGUUUUCCCCCCAAAAUCUUCAGUAUAUAUAAAUAUUCAAGUUAAAAAAAAGGGGGAAAUUAUAGUAGGAACUCCAACAGUCUUUGUUACUACCCGCCUUAUUGCUUGUUGAAGCAAAUUUUCAAUUGGAGAUUUA